AGGAGAAGCGCAUUAAAACAAAGGCAACUGAAAUUUCGAGCCAAAUGGACGUGAAAAUUGGAAAUGCACCUGGUUUUAAGGAUUGGUCAACGUGCAAACCUAUCUACGCAGUUCAUAUUGCGCAUCAUAUCUCAUUCGACCGAAAAAAACUGUUGAAGUUAGCAAACACUACUGAACAGAAUUAUCAUUCUUCCCUCUCUUAUAUCAAAAAAAUAUUGGAAAUUCCUUCCUUGAUAAGUUUUGACUCACUGGCUGCGAAAUUUGGAUGUCCUAAAAUUAUCCCGUACGUUGAAACAAUGUUUGAAAUUUUCAAAGAGGAGUGGGUUAAAGAUCUAAGUGCAGCGAAUAUUAGAGAAAUUGAUUGGAAUGAUGACAUUUAUAAGAUAGCGGUAUUUGGGUGCUGUGGUAAAGUUUUCGGGGCUCAAAGUCGAAUCAAUCAACAGCUAAUAAAUUCGCCUGAUAUUUCCGUAUCACGUCCGGCAUUUCAAAAUAUGACGCGACUCAUUGAGAAAUAUUGUAAAUCUUAUAUUAACGAGCUUAAGUCUCAAAUUAAAAAUGAUGGUCUAGCGACAUUCAUGAUAUCUCCAAUGAAGGGGAGUAGUUAUGUAAGUGAUGAAGAAUCUUCUUUAGGAGACCGAGCAGGAAGUGGAACGAUGGACAUAGGGGAAUGA